AUGGCUACUGGCAGAGGAAGAACAAUCAAAAUCCUCCACCACCACCGCGCAGCGCCGCAUCUCGCCGCCCUCUGCCGACGAACUCACCACCACCGCCAUCCUUUCCCGGCGCACUUUCCUACACCGUGUCGUUUCCUUUGUCUCUCUGCACCGACCUCCUCCGAGCCCGCAUCUCGAGCAACGCCAUUACCUCCUAUCCUAACCAGAUGUCGUUUCUCUUCAAGUGCCGCAACUAAGGCCGUCUUCUCCAGGCCAGAAGGGAUCGAGGCACUAUGUUCGGAUCUUGAGGUGGAUUACAAUGAUAUCAAGAUUUUGAUUCUUGCUUGGAAAAUGGACGCCCAAAAGCAGGGAUAUUUUACCCAGGAUGAGUGGAGAAGAGGCUUGAAAGCUCUUCGAGUUGAUAAUAUUAAAAAAUUGAAGAAAUCACUGCCAGAAUUGAAGAAAGAGACUUUGAAGAUUUCUAUUUGUUUGCCUUUCGCUACUGUUAAAAGGUAUGUCUGUACAUAUUGUAAAUCUGCAUUUCUGAGUAAAUGUGUAUGCUUCGAUUAUUUUCUUAUCCGGCUGAAAUGUUUAGAUAUUGAGAGCACCUUCAUGUUGAUUGAUCUGGUAUUAGGGUUUCAAUAUCCGGCACAAGUUGAUUCAUUCAUCCAAUUUCUUAAGAUCCAGAGUGACUACAAGGUGAUGAAUAUGGAUCAGUGGAAGAAUUUUCUCCGGUUUUGUGAAGAGAUAAGCUUUCCGGACCUUCGAAAUUAUGAUACAUGCGAAGCUUGGACUUUACUUCUCGAUAAUUUUGUCGACUGGCUUAAAAAGAAGGCAGUAUAA